AUGGCAGAUUCGUGCACGCAAGAUCUCGAGCUUGGGAACAAGCUGCUAUACGAGGUGGACCACACUAUUUGGGAUAUCCACGAGCAGACACGAUGUCAUAUCGAGCUUCGUUGGCCUGAGGACGGCAACGGGAGGGCGUCCAGUGAUGGGAUUCACCUAUUGCUCUCAGGAGACGAAGAGGCGUUGGAGCAUGCGAGCGAAGAGAUCUCUCGGCUUGCUGCUCAAACUAGCAGCAGGAUAAGCAUAGAAGGAGCCAUCGGCAGCAAAGUCUCGACGACCAAGCCAGAAGAAUCGGCCCCGUCUACGGUAGAAACACUAUGGGAGAGUUCCGUGGAAUCGCAACGUCCGGACUAUGUCCCCGAGUAUACAUCAUACCAGCCACACCACAAGAUCUUGAAGCCUCGAGAAUGGACUCCUCAGACGUUCCUAGCCUACGUCACCGCCAUCACGAACGCAAGACUCCCUGAGCGUCUCGCGUCCAAGUUUUACGGCUCAGGCACCACGGCAAACGAAGCAGCAAUUGCCCUACUCAACGCAGCCUUCGCGGACAAAACUGCGAGCGCGGCGCACUCGGGGCGUGCAUUCAAGAAGGCGUUGCAGUUCAUGGAGUUGCGCGGCCAUUCGCAUCGCAACCACGCCCGUGAGUUUUUCAAGAAAAGAUUAAACUCCCCCCUGCCCGUUGACACUGGCACCUUCAACAUCAUCUUGGCCGGAAACGUCAAGGUCAAAGACCUGUACAACUUCGACUCUAUUGUGAAGCUGAUGAUUCGGCACGGCUGUCUGCCGAAUGCCCAGACCUGGUCGCUGUUCCUUCAACUCAUGGAGAGCGAACACGUCCGCCGCCAUGCCAUCCAGAUCAUGCAUUCGCUCGGUCUGCUGCUGGACCCUAUCGCCGUUCGACUCAUCGCGAAGGAGCUAGUCGUAUACGACAUCCACCACGUCCGAGACAACUGGCCCGGCAUUCGCGAGUUCCUUCAAAGCCAGGACGCCAAAUAUGGCAGGUCCUGGGUCUCGAAAGCCGCCAUGAACAAGAUCAUGAACGAGCUCGGACGCCUGGGUAACCUCGCCUCCUGUCUAGAUCUCUUCGACAUCAUGACCGAACUGCCCUUGACGACCCCCACCACCCUCACGCUCAACACGAUCCUAUAUCAUGCGCGGUCGCAGCGCAAUUUCGCCCUCUCCACGGCCAUUCUCCGCAGGGCGCACGAGCUCAACAUCGCGCUCGACGAGCAAUCGUACCACGAGCUGUUCACCCUGGCGUUCAGGCUUCGCAAGCCCAACGCCAUGGGUCUCAUCUGGCGAUAUGCCUGUCUAGAAGGCAAGACCAGCUGGUACAUGCGUGGCCGUGUUUCCGACCUGCUGGACCAGAGUCCAGGAGUACAUACAACCAAGACGGAUGGCAAGCGGACCGCUGCGGACUUCCCGGCACUGCCCUCUUUCCAUCAAAAAGACAUGGAGCCGCCGAAGCGCAAGAAUUCUGGCGCCUGGGUCGCCAGAUUCAUGUACGAACGGUUCAAGGGGUGGCGCCCCGAGGAGCCCCUCCACGAGCUCCUGGACGCGUCGUGGGAGGUCGAUAACCGGAUCAACCAGGCGGUCAAGCAAGCCAAGCAGCAGAGCCAACAGCCGCGCAAGAUUACCGUGCCCGGCAAGCCGCUGUCCCUCCGACGGAGGGUCUGGACGACGGAGCCCGAAUCUCUGGAACGCCUCUGCGUCGAUAUGACCGUCACGCAUCUCGCUCCUGCAGACGGCGGCGAGAAUGCGUCUCUUAACCAAGACCUCGAAACCACCACAGCCGAUCCCGCAGAGAAGAUCAGCCCUUGA